AUGGCCGACCACACGAAACGCGAUACCGAAGAUAUUUAUGAGGGAGCCACCCAAGAUGAUAGUGAUCCUAGGCAGCCACAGCUUGAUGAGGAUAAUGACGGGGCUAUAAAUCAUUCAAACGUGGUGAAGGAUCGCUUGCGCCAUGCAAAACCUCAAACCGCAAACAAGUACAGCGAGGGACCGGAUGAGGAUGACCUGCCAGCCGAGGCCCAGUGA